CCUGUGGUUUCAGGGGCCAGCUGCAGAUCUUUCUCUUCGCUCCCUAAUCAGAAAGAAACCUCCCUCACAUUCCACAGCUGCAACCUAUAUAAGGGAUGGGGCUCAGGCACUCUUGUUUUACCUUGAAUACUUGAGGGGGAGUCAUUUAUUUAUUUAUUUAUUUCCAUCUUCAGCCCUCGAGAGCAUGGAGAGCGCUUGGAGGAUUUGCUUUUGUUUGUACUGCUGCUUGCCUUGGCUCUCUGCUGGCGCCCAGCGCUCCCCCAGCUCCAGGGGCCGGGGGGGCUCAGAGGAGGCGCCCGGGUUUUUGGCAGCUCCCGAGGCCGCUGCCGGCCGGCUGAGCGCGGCGCUGCGGCUGCCCCGAGCUGGGGGAGCAGCCCAUGCCCUCCUGCCCUCCCUGCUCAAGGUGCUGCACGACCGCGGCCCCCGCGGCUGGCACGGCGAGGCCCCGCGGCUGCAGCCCGACUCCAGGGCCCUUCGGUACAUGAAGAGGCUGUACAGGAUGUCUGCCACCAGGGAGGGCAUCCCCAAGGCGCAGCGAGGCCGCCUCUAUAACACGGUGCGGCUCUUCACCCCGUGCUGGGACUGCGGGCACGGCCGCGGGGGCACGGGGAAAGGAGAUGUUCACUCAGUGGAUUUGCUCUUCAACUUGGAUCGUGUUACUGCUCUGGAGCACUUACUCAAGUCUGUCUUGCUCUAUUCCUUUGACACAUCUGCUCCCAUUUCCUCUUCCAUUACCUGCAUAUGCCAUUUAUCCCUUAAGGAACAUGAUUUUUCCAGCCAAGUUUGUCCCAGCAUUUCCCACUCUCUAGCAUUUAGCCUGCACUUUGACGUUAGGAAACGCAAAUGGGUGGAGAUGGAUGUGACUUCUUUCCUCCAGCCUCUGAUUGCUACGAACAGGAGGAACGUCCACAUGGCUCUGAACUUCACUUGUCUGAUGGGUGACACACAACAGAGCACAAACCCGGCAAACGCUGUUAAUGUGACACUGGUUCCCCCUUCCCUUCUGCUGUAUCUGAACGACACCAGCGAGCAAGCUUAUCACCGGGGGAGCUCACUCGGGCACGGCACGAGAAGCAGCGGCCCGCUGGUGGAUCCUCCGAAGGGUGACAAAGGACAAGGCAAUCCCCAGGGUAAAAGGGCUUCUCGCCAGAGAAGGAACGAGAAUCCAAAAGCGGCCCCGGCCGCCUCCCCUCAUAACCUGAAGCAGUUUGCGUUCCCUCAGCACGAGUGCGAGCUGCACAACUUCCGCCUGAGCUUCAGCCAGCUGCGCUGGGACCGCUGGAUCAUCGCCCCGCACCGCUACAGCCCCCAGUUCUGCCGGGGGGACUGUCCCCGCGCCCUGGGCCACCGCUACGGCUCCCCGGUGCACACCAUGGUGCAGACCCUCAUCUACGAGCAGCUGGACCCCUCUGUGCCCAGGCCCUCGUGCGUGCCGGCCGCGUACAGCCCGCUCAGCGUGCUGACCAUCGAGCCCGACGGCUCCAUCGCCUACAAGGAGUACGAGGACAUGAUCGCCACCAAGUGCACCUGCCGGUAGCGGGGACUCUGCUUCGCUCCGCUUCGGGCUGGGUUUGCACUCUCAAACACGGGUUUUAUUUUCGCAUUCUCGAGAUCUCUGGCUCUAAGGGACUGAGCGGCGUUGCUGUAACUCCGAGAGAUGGGAGUUAGCACGGAGUUAGCAGAAGGGGUUCACAUCGCAGCACUGAUUUUUGUACUCACUCAGCAUUCCUAGGAUGUGCAAUUAAAUGUAAAUAGUGUCUUUUUAUUGGGAGAAUUUUGCAUUUAAAAUGGGGAAAAGGUUUCAACUACCAAGUGUCUAUUUUUAAGCUGCUUUAUUACAGAUUUAAAAAAAAGAGAAAUAAAUGGCUAUCACACAUA